AUGGUAUCAGAGCUCUUUGGAGCUAACCCUCAAAAUAUCGAUCCUACCCAAAGCAAUAUUGAUAUGUCCAAACUGAUUUCUGAAAUGUCAAAACUUUCCUCACCUCCAUUCUCGUCCCAUUCUUUGCCCACCUCUUUCAAUAUCUCAUCGUUGUUCCCAGUUCCUAUGGAUCACACCAACUACUUGAGUUGGAAAUCCCAAUUUGAAGAUGUAUUGGAGAUGCACGGCCUUGCAACAGUCGUCAAGAACAGCACAAACCCACCCAAAGUGCAAGAAGAUGGAUCUGUGCACCCAGAGUUAGCCAAGGAUAAAUUGGUCCUGAGUUGGAUCAAAGCGACUUCCUCCUCUUCGAUCAAGACACUUCUCAUCCCUUGUACCACUGCUCAUCAAGCCUGGACCAUGCUGGCCAAGCGCCUCUCACCUCUUGCUAGUACCCGUGUACGGAUUCUCCGAGACCAAAUUCGCACUCUCAGAAAGGACAGCAACACAACAGUAACUGAUUAUCUCAAUUAUGCCAAAUCACUUUUUGAUUCCCUCACACAAGCUGGUGCAACAAUGAAUGAUGAUGAACUCAUCAGUUAUGUUCUGGAUGGACUUGGUCUUGAAUACAAAGAGUUAGCCACAACACUUCACCUGCAUCCCGAUAUUGAUUUUGAUCGAUUUUAUGAUCUGGCUUUAAGAGAAGAGCAUCUGCAGAAACAGAUGUCUCUUACCGUGGCUUCAGGAAUGGCUAUGGCUACCGACCGUGCGUCCAAAGAGCGCACCUUAAAUUCAAACAUGCCCAGACACAAUCACAAUCCUCAUCACAGAUCUGGCAGAGGACGCGGUCGUGGCAGGCAUUGGAAUCAAGGGCGUAGAUCAAGGAGAACAGAGCAUUGGGAGCUAACUUAA